AGUCUCGAGUGAGACCGGCCAGGCUCCAACUCGGCAGCGCCGGGUCUCGACUGGCAGCAACUUUCUCCCCGGAGUCGCCGCGGCGGCGGCUGCUGCCGUGGCAGCCGGAGCCGAGAGGAAGAAGGCGUCGGCGGCGGCAGCUGCGGCUGCUCCUCCCGUCUCGGGCUGUGCAGCCCGCUGAGAUAACCGGCCCGCGGAGCCACGUCCCCCCGGGAAGCCCCGGGCCCCUGCCCUAUGUCCCGCAAGGCGAGCGAGAAUGUGGAGUACACGCUGCGGAGCCUGAGCAGCCUCAUGGGCGAGCGGCGCAGGAAGCAGCAGGAGCCGGACGCGGCGAGCACGGCCGGGGAGCGCAGCCUCCUGGCGGCCGCCGAGUCGAGCACCAGCCUGCACAGCGGCGCGGGCACGGGCGGCAGCGUCGGGGACCUGGAGCGCGCUGCACGGCGGCAGUUCCAGCAGGACGAGACCCCCGCCUUCGUGUACGUGGUGGCCGUCUUCUCCGCGCUGGGCGGCUUCCUGUUCGGCUAUGACACCGGGGUGGUGUCGGGGGCCAUGCUGCUGCUCAAGCGGCAGCUCAGCCUGGACGCGCUGUGGCAGGAGCUGCUCGUGUCCAGCACGGUGGGGGCGGCCGCCGUCUCGGCGCUGGCCGGCGGGGUCCUCAACGGCGUCUUCGGCCGCCGUGCCGCCAUCCUCCUGGCCAGUGCCCUCUUCACCGCCGGCUCCGCGGUCUUGGCCGCGGCGAGCAACAAGGAGACGCUGCUGGCCGGCCGCCUGGUCGUGGGACUCGGCAUCGGCAUUGCUUCUAUGACAGUGCCAGUGUACAUUGCCGAGGUCUCACCACCCAAUUUAAGAGGCAGAUUAGUCACCAUUAAUACCCUCUUCAUCACCGGAGGGCAAUUCUUUGCGAGCGUUGUUGAUGGAGGCUUCAGUUAUCUGCAAAAGGAUGGAUGGAGGUACAUGUUGGGACUUGCAGCAAUUCCAGCAGUUAUACAGUUUUUUGGCUUUCUUUUUUUACCUGAAAGCCCUCGCUGGCUUAUUCAGAAAGGACAGACCCAGAAAGCCCGCAGGAUUUUAUCUCAGAUGCGUGGUAACCAGACCAUUGAUGAGGAAUAUGAUAGCAUCAAAAACAACAUUGAAGAAGAGGAAAAAGAGGUUGGCUCAGCGGGACCUGUGAUCUGCAGAAUGCUGAGUUACCCCCCAACUCGCCGAGCUUUAAUUGUGGGUUGUGGCCUCCAAAUGUUCCAACAACUAUCAGGCAUUAACACCAUCAUGUACUACAGUGCAACUAUCCUGCAGAUGUCUGGUGUUGAAGAUGAUAGACUUGCAAUAUGGCUGGCUUCUGUUACAGCCUUCACAAAUUUCAUUUUCACCCUUGUGGGAGUCUGGCUUGUUGAGAGAGUAGGCCGCAGAAUGCUUACCCUUGGUAGUUUAGCAGGUACUACCGUUGCACUCAUUAUUCUUGCUUUGGGAUUUCUGCUGUCAGCCCAAGUUUCUCCACUCAUCACUUUUAAACCAGUUUCUCCUUCAGGUCAAAACACUACUUGCACGAGAUACAGUUACUGUAACGAAUGUAUGUUGGAUCCUAACUGCGGUUUCUGCUACAAGAUGAACAGUUCGGCUGUCAUGGACUCCUCCUGUGUUCCAGUUAAUAAAGCAUCAACAAAUGAGGCAGCCUGGGGCAGGUGUGCAAAUGAAACCAAGUUCAAAACGGAAGAAGUAUUUUGGGCUUACAAUUUCUGUCCUACUCCGUACUCCUGGACUGCACUUCUGGGCCUUAUUUUAUAUCUUGUUUUCUUCGCACCUGGAAUGGGACCCAUGCCUUGGACUGUGAAUUCUGAAAUAUAUCCCCUUUGGGCAAGAAGUACAGGAAAUGCAUGUUCCUCUGGAAUAAAUUGGAUUUUCAAUGUUCUGGUUUCACUUACAUUUUUACACACAGCAGAGUAUCUUACAUACUAUGGAGCCUUCUUCCUCUAUGCUGGACUUGCUGCUGUUGGACUAUUUUUCAUCUAUGGCUGCCUUCCUGAGACCAAAGGGAAAAAACUAGAAGAAAUUGAAUCACUCUUUGACAACAGGCUAUGUACAUGUGGCACAUCAGAUUCUGACGAAGGGAGAUAUAUAGAAUAUAUUCGGGUAAAAGGAAGUAACUAUCAUCUUUCUGACAAUGAUGCUUCUGAUGUAGAAUAGUGUUCAGCUGCUGGUAUUCAGUUAUUUAAACAAACUUGGGGGAAGAGCAGCAAUCGGUGACCUCACUGCCCUGCUUCUAAUCUGGUUCUUUCCACAGUCUAGUUUUGAAUGACUUCGUAUUCUAGAAUACUUGAUUAGUAAGAGGAUACAAUCAUGAUGACGUGUUUUUUUCACAAGCGGAAAUGUAAAAAAUAUUUAUAGAGAUUUUAAUCUAAUAACUCUUCGACAAUUGUGUGUAAUUUCUUCCUGAGAUAGUCUAAAAUGAAUAUUGUACCCAGUGACUUCAGCGGUAUCCUUUUCAUCUAAGACCAUAUGAUAAUUCUUAGUGGCAAUAGAGUCAGUACUAAACUAGCCAAAUUAGGUAUGUAUGACAUACUGAAAGAAGGAUUCUUGGUUAUGGUCCAAGGGUGUUUUAUGUCAAAACAUGGCCUACUGACCCUAAAUUUUCCUAAGGAGAAGUAGCCUAUCUGUGAACAGCUGUAAAAAAUAAAUUCCAUUUACGUUUUUGUCAACACAUUUAAAAACACCUUCUAUAAGGAUACAGCUGUCCGUAUCUCCUUUGGAUUCCACAUUUUGGCUUCUUUCUGCAGAUCAGACAUUGAGAGUUCAGAGACUGAUUCUGCACAUGGUCUUUUGAACUUUGUCAUAAGCAGGUCUUUUGGGGUCAUUUUCAUACUUCUGUUUGCAUCAAUGGUAAGUGCUAGCAAGUUUUGAUAAGUAUAUUUUAUUGCCAGAAAGUGAGAAACAAAAGGUUUUUACGCGUCCCUGAUUGAUACUUAGGUACACAGUUGUAAACAGAUUUUCAUCUGUAUUUCAGGGCCAGUUUUUGUUCACACCGUAAUCACUAUGCCUUCUUGCUCAUUGACACCGAAGUCCUACUCUUUGUGCCUUCGUUUGUGUUAUAUAAAUAGCUGCUAGCAGACUAUUUGUCCCUUUCUUUUAAUCAAACAAUAAUUUCUGAAACAAAAAAGAAAGGAAGGAAAUUAGUGGCAGAAAUAAUCCUGCUUUUAUCUAUAUUCAUGUAAUUAAAAUAGACUUAUUUUUUUUUAACUUUGUAAUUAAACUCUCGUAAGGGAAUUUAUCACAUUUUAUUAUUUAAUAGCAUCUGUCUUUUUUUAAUCCAAGAGCAUAAACUAGCUUUUGUUUUGCAUACCCCUCCUCAUUUUCCAUGAGAAUUUACAAAAUAAUAAUAAUAAGAUACAUAGAUUUUUUGUGUUUUCCUCCUGUUUGGCUUGGAUUUUGUUUCCUACUUAUCUAAAAACUGGGCUUUUCUAUUGGAACAGAUUCAUAGUUCUAGUAUAUAGCACAUGUCUUUAAGAAAUGUCAACUUAGCUACAUUUGUGCAAUGUCUUUCCAAGUGUUUGUUGGUUAUAAUGCACUGAACUCUAAUUUUUGUUCUCAUAUUAAGAACUAUAUAGAAUGUACAAAAUUACUAAUUAGUUCCAGUGAACAUAUGAAUAAAUCUUUUGUGGCCAGUUAUGAAUGUAUAAGUUUGAUGAAUUUUAAUAUGGCUCUAAACAUCUAAUGUAGUACCAUUUGGAGUGAAAAGAUGACUAUCUCUAAAUUCAAAAUGCUUCUAUCAGUUUCCAAGAUGAUCUAUCAAAAUUAUCACAGCUGAGAAUUUAGCCUAGAAAGUUUAUUCUCUAAGCCACUGGAAGUGUGAUGCAUGCUUAAACAGUCACUCCACUGGACUAAAAAUCCUUCAGCCAAAAAAAAAUUUAAAUUUGGUCAUUUCAGUUAGUAAAAAAUAAUAUUUGAGAGAGGCUUUCUCUUUUGAAUUAGGUGCUUUGACAAUUGAUUUCUAAGGGGAUAUUAAUAUUGAUUUUUCCCUAAAAAAAAAAAAUGAUCUAAUAGAGAAAUUGUUAUUCUUCAGAUAUUUUUUAUCUAUGAGAAACUUAACUGUGUAAUAUUUUACACAGGUCAAGUAAAAUGGAAAAUGAGGUGUUGUAUGGUAAAAUCAGAAUAUGAUGGGGAGAAAAAGUAUUUAGACCAAUUAAGUGCUUUCUUCAAAAGUUUAUUUUUCUGAUUUAUCCAAAUAAUUGCCUCAAUUUUUCUCUUUAUUUUAUACAUAGCCUUAACUAUAUGCUUAUAUAAUCAGCUGGGCUGAAUGCGAAAUUUACUUUAUUAAAGGAACAACCAGACUUUUAUUAUUUUCUAAAGUAGAACAUGGCCUGUUCUCCCUGACAUAAUGAAAUGAUGCUUUCAACUUUAAAUCUGUAAAUGCACGUAAUAACGGGGAAAAUUUAGCCACAGUUCUUCCCCAUUCUGCUCAGCCCCUUCUUUAAUGAACUCUAUGUUAUUUAUAUAGUAAUAAAGAUAAUAUUCCAUAUAUUUAAUGUAUAAGAUAGAGAGGCACAAUAAAAAUAUAAGAAUUAUUUAUAAUUUUUUAAAAGCUAAUAACUAUUUGAGAGGAGCCGUGGUGGCACGUGGUUAAGCACUCAGCUGCCAACCAAAAGGUUGGUGGUUCAAACCCACCAGCCAGUCCUCAGGAGAAAGAUGUGGCAGUCUGCUUCCUUAAAGAUUUACAGCCUUGGAAGUCCUGUGUGGCAGUUCUACUCUGUCCUAUGGGUCAAUAUGAGUCAGAAUCAACUCCAGGACAGUGGGUUUGGGUUUUUUUUUUUUUUUUUUAGUAGUAACUAUUUGAAAGGAAACCUUAUACAAUUAGGGUAUUAUUUUUAGAUUCAGUAAACAUUUAUAGUAUAAUAAAAAUUAAACAUUUGAAUUUUGUAGGUUUUUUUUAUAUUGUGCACCUUUAAGUUCUAAGCAUCUUUGGCUAUCACUAUCAACUCAAGAACAUUCCAUUUGAAAUAUCAUAUAUGUAUUUUGUAGAACAAUUUCUAUAUAGUAUGAUUUGACACACAAUACUAAACAGACACGGCUUAAGCACUAUGCUUUUAAUUGAAAUUCCAGGCUUCCUUCUUAACAUGCUGCAGAUUCAAUAGCAGUAUAUUAUGCUUUAGAAAAAUAUAGUGAAGAUGAUCAUAUCCCUAUAGAGGCUUAACCAGCUAGCUGAUGAAAUCUCUGCUAGACUUAAGUGAAUAUAACAUUUUGGCUGCUUUUGAACACAGAGUUGAAUGUGAUGUCAGAUAGAUUUUAAAAAUUUAGUGUUAAUAUUUUUCUUCAGUAUAAACAUUCCUAAUGGGCAAAGGAUAUAAACAGGCACUUCACUAAAGAAGACAUUCAGGUAGCUAACAGAUACAUGAGGAAAUGCUCAAAAUCAUUAGCCACGAGAGAAAUGCAAAUCAAAACUACAGUGAGAUUCCAUCUCACUCCAACAAGGCUGGCAUUAAUCCAAAAAACACAAAAUACUAAAUGUUGGAGAGGUUGUGGAGAGACUGGAACACGUAUACAGUGCUGGUGGGAAUGUAAAAUGGUACAACCACUUUGGAAAUCGAUUUGGUGCUUCCUUAAAAAGCUAGAAAUAGAAUUACCAUACUAUCCAGCAAUCCCACUCCUUGGAAUAUAUCCUAGAGAAUUAAGAGCCUUUACACGAACAUGUACAUGCACACCCAUAUUCAUUGCAGCACUGUUUACAAUAACAAAAAGAUGGAAGCAACCAAGGUGCCCAUCAACGGAUGAAUGGAUAAAUAAAUUAUGGUAUAUUCAGACAAUGGAAUAUUACGCAUCGAUAAAGAACAAUGAUGAAUCCAUGAAACAUUUCAUAAUGUGGAGGAAUCUGGAAGGCAUUAUGCUGAGUGAAAUUAGUUGCAAAAUGACAAAUAUUGUAUAAGACCACUAUUAUAAGAACUGGAGAAAUAGUUUAAACAGAGAAGAAAAUAUUCUUUGAUGCUUACGAGACG